AUGUCCGACACAAGCAAGCUAAUCGAGACAGAAUCGGUGAAGCGAUUCGCCUUUUUGGGUGUGACCAUUUCGACCGUGGCCACGCUGACGGCAAUCAUAGCGGUGCCGAUGCUCUGUCUCUACAUGCAGCAUGUCCAGUCUGGCCUCCAAGACGAACUUAACUUCUGCCGUUCUAGAGGCGAGAGUGUGAAGGCGGAAUUCAACAAGCUAACUUCCGUUCGUCAAAUCGCCAAAGCCAAUCGCAGCAAACGUGCUUCAAACUCGUGCUGCUCAUGCGGAACUGGACCUCCAGGGCCGCCUGGUGUCCCAGGACAGGAUGGUGUUCCUGGCAAAGAUGGACUUCCAGGUAAUCCCGGUGAACCAGGAGAAGAUGCUCCACCAGGAGACAUCCGCCCUAAACCAGAAGACUUCUGUUUCGAAUGCGAGCCAUCACCACCUGGUCCCCCUGGACCACCUGGUAUGAAGGGCCCGGAUGGAAUGCCUGGCGCUCCAGGAGAGCAAGGACCACCAGGUAGACCUGGUCUCAGGGGGCCACCCGGACCGCAAGGACCGCCUGGAAACCCCGGUGCCGACGGACAGCCUGGACCACCUGGACAACCAGGACAAGUGCGUUCACUUCCGUCACCUGCAGGUGAACCUGGCCCACCAGGAGAACCUGGACCGCAGGGACCACCGGGCCCAGAUGGACGGCCCGGUAAUCCUGGACGCGCUGGUGCACCGGGAACUCAGGGAGAGAACGGACCCGAUGGUGAACCUGGAAAGAAUGGCGAAGAUGGCCCACCCGGAGAGCCUGGAAGAGACGGAUUACCGGGUUCGUGUGAUCACUGUCCGAUCCCUCGAACCGCUCCUGGGUAUUGA